AGUUCGACGAGAAAAGGAACACAGACUAAAGACGUUAACUAAAUAAGGAAAGGAAUUAUCUAAGUUACUAAAUUCUUGACAAAAAGUAUUUUAAUUCUUUUAGGAUUAUCAUAAUUCAGUUUUUAGGAUGGUGAUGAAUUGUGAGGUCAGGUUUUUUCUACUACUUAUUUCGUCGCUAACCAACAUCAGGAGUGAAAAGGUAUUGUCAGACCGGAAAAAGUGUGGCGACCCAGAAUGCGAAACAUCCAUGAGUAGAGUGCUAGCCAUUAAAGACCAUCAAGGGCCUGACUGUCGCUAUCUGAACUUCAAAGCUGGGGAAGAAAUAAUGGUGCACUUCAAACUUUCUGGGAAAAGAGAGGAUCUCUGGGCAGGGAGUAAAGGCACAGAUUUUGGAUAUUUUCCAACGGAUGCAAUCAAGAUUGAAAAUGUUUUUAUAACAAAAGAAGUGGAAGUGCCAACUAAGGAAACCGAUUUCCUUUGUCUCGAUGGAGAGGAAUAUGUCUUUGAAAACCAAGACAGCACACUCAAUAACCGUGAUGAAGAAAAUGAGUAUUUACAUCUUCACACUGAGGUAUCCCCAAAGGAAUAUAAAGAUAUUGAUGAUAUUGAUGAAGCUGACAGCAAAUCCAAAGACCUGCAUAUUCUUGAACCUACAAGCCACGAUUCAGAAAUUAGAGACAGCAAGACUGGACAAGCUGAAACUACUCAGCAAGAAGACCAAAAUAGUCAGGCUCUGAACCCUCUUCCUACUCGGUCUUCUUGGACCAUUUCUGGUCUUGCAGAUUGGUUUAGUUCAGAAAGUAAAGAAAACGAGGAGACUAAUGGGAAGAGCUCUGAGACUGCAAGAGAAGUUACAUUCAGGAGCAGACAAAUACCCAUCAUGGAUGAUAGUGACUCUAAAAAACUAAACGAAGAAGAUGAUCUCAAGUCAAAGUCUUCUAGCUGGCUUAAAAGUACUUUCACAGGCUUGCUACAAUUUCGGAGUGAAAAAGCAGGACUUGGUUCGCUCUACGAAGAAAAUGACCCAGAAAUACUUGAUAGCUCCAGUACAGCUGAGACUAUUGAGCCUGACGCUACUGAAGUAUCUGAAACAACCGAUGAAGGGGAAGCUAAAUCAAACUGGUUUGAUCUACAAUUAAGUGAUGUUUUAACUUUUGGGUUAAAGGGAAAUAAAGUUGAGGAAAAGCCUCCAGGCAGAGAAGAAAUAGAUCAAAAUAAAGAAGCACCACCUCCAAGUACACAGGCUUCUUUAGUACAUGAAGACUUGAGAAAGCAAGCUGUUGAAGCUAUUCUCUCUGAAGAACAAAAUGAUGAACCUAUAAAGCAAAUAAUUGAACCAACAUUGCAGAAAGAACAAGAAAAAGAUGAUAAACAAGUUUCCGAGACAGAUAUUAGAAAAGCAAGUGAACAUACAGACUUAGAGGCUGCAGCUCCAUCUUUCUCCACUGAGUUUCUUGAUAAAAUUGUGAACUUGUAUGCAGAACAUGAUUCAGAACCAAGAAAUCAAGUUAUGGAACAUAUUAAUGCUCAGGCUGUAAUGAAGGAAUCAGAAAAAACAAAAGGCCAGUCAGGUACAAUCAAUAAGGAACAAUUGCCUGGCUAUGCUCCAAAAGAAGGUAAUUCUUUGGAUUCUCAUAAUGAACCUAACAGGCAACAUUCAGAAGCAAACAAUAUAUCCCCAGUAAACACUGAAGCGAAAAUGCCUACUUCUAUUAAAAAGGAUCAAAAUCACCAAGAUCAUGAAGAAAAAUUACCGGGAGACCUUAGAACAACUCACAACUCUUUUAUAGGGAAUGAAAGAGAAUGGCUACUUCAGAUAAUCCUGCAUUUGAAUGAUUUCAGUGCCCUUAUAACAUCUGGGUUAUCAGUGGUAAUGACAGCGAGUAAAAAGGUUGUUGCAGCAUUGCCUGAAAAUAUGAGACCUGAAUCAGAUCUUCAUGGUUUUCCAUGGGAAAUUGUAAUUUGUGGGGCUGUUCUUUCUAUUUUUGUUGUCUUGCUGCUAGUGUGCAGGAGCUAUCAAUCUAUUAGAAGUAGACUUUAUGUGGGAAAGGAGAAACAGUUAGCUAGUAAAGUUGUUGAACUAGUUGAAGACAAAUGUAAAGUACUGGAAAAAUUCAGUCGCUGCAAAAAAGAGUAUGAAGAGUUAGAAAACUCCCUAAAAGAUGCCAGCUUUUUUCAGGGAUCCACAGCUACAUCAGAUCUUAAGAAAGCAUAUGAAGAACUGAACAGCUCAAACUCUGUACUCAAAAAUGAAAUAGCAUUAUUAGAGAAAGAAGUGAGAGAAGAAAAGUCUAAACGAUCAGAACAGGAUGACUUGAUGACUGAAAUACAGAGAAAAGUGGAAUUUUUAGAAAAUGAAGCAAAAUCUAUACAGUCGCAAGUAGCUGAAGCCAAGACCACUUUGAAAGUGUAUGAGAUCAACAGAGAGAGGCUGAAGACCUCUGUCCAAGAUGCCUUAGAAGAAAACAAUCACCUUCAAGAAAGUCAAAAGCAGCUAUUACAAGAAGCAGAAGGAUGGGGUGAACGAUUUAGUGAAUUAAAUGAGCAAACAAAAAUAUUUCAGUGUUCUAAAGCAGAUAUGGAAGAAGCUCUUAAAAACAAGGAAAGUCAAGUCAAGUCACUGACUGAGUGCUUGUUGAAGAUGAAGGAUUGGAGCUGUGCCAUCGGGGAGCAUGAAGAUGCUGAAGACAGUCACUGGGGGAAUGAUAUAAAAUGUGAAAGAGAAAAUGGGGAACAUUUAGAUGACCAAGAAAAACGAACCAUAAAAAAACUGAUUUACGCUGCAAAGUUGAAUGCUUGUUUAAAAUCCAUGGAAACAGAAAGAAAUCAAAUGUAUUCAAAACUAACUGAUGAAAACAAAGCAAAAGAGGAACUUGCAGAACGUAUUGAAAAUUUGCAAAAGGAACAUUGCACAUUGCAGUCUGAAAAUGCACACUUUGAAAGUGAAGUUCAGAAGCUUCAGCAAAAGCUUAAAGUCAUGUCAGAGCUGUACCAAGAAAACGAAAUGAAUCUUCACAGGAAGUUGACUGUAGAGGAAAGACAGCGUUUGCAAAAAGAAGAGAAACUUUCCAAAGCUGAUGAGAAGAUAAUUCAUGCUGCUGAAGAACUAAAUACUUAUCGACAGCAAGCAAAAGAUUUAGAAGAAGAACUGGAACGAACUGUGCGCUCUUACCAGAAUCAGAUUAUGUCUCACGAGAAGAAGGCUCAUGAUAAUUGGCUCACAGCCCGGGCAGCUGAAAGACACCUCAAUGAUUUGAGAAAAGAAAAUUUGCACAACAGACAAAAAUUAACAGAAGCAGAAUUUAAAUAUGAUGUUUUGGAAAAAGACCCUUAUGCUCUUGAUGUACCAGUUAGACCAUUUGGCAGAGAGCAUUCCCCAUAUGGACCCUCACCAUUGGGCAGACCUUCAUCUGAAACGAGAGCUUUUCUUUCCCCUCCAACCUUAUUGGAGGGUCCCUUAAGACUUUCACCUGUGCUUCCAGGUGGAGGAGGAAGAGGAUCAAGAGGACCUGGGAAUGCCUAUGACAUGGGUAAUGAAAGAGGAGAGAUGAAUUCUGAUAGGUUACCUGAUUCCCACAGACCACCUUCUGACACUGGAUCUCUGUCGCCUCCAUGGGAUAGAGAUCACCGGAUAAAUCCAUCUCAUACAGGUCAGCUAUAUAAUGAACAACCCCUUCCUGCGCGAAGACCAGAAAGAUUUUACCCAAAUCACCCAAAUUCUGGAAGGUUUUCAGGACCAGGAGAACUAAGGAGUUACAGUAUGCAAUCAUUUGAUAAAACGGAUGGACAGCCAGCUGAGAAUAACUCAAGAGUGGACUUGAGUGGAAAUGGAAUAAAAGAUCAUCCCAAUGACAGUAAUGCAGUCCACAUGACGGAUCAGUCUCUUGUACCUGAAAGUGACCCCUUAGGUCCUGGAACUGUGCCUCCUUCCCUCCCCUUAAUGAGACCUCCUCUGAUGCCAAUGGACCCAAGAGGAGCCUUCAUAAGAAGAGGCCCUCCCUUUCCACCAGUGCCUCCUAGUGCUGCAUAUGGACCUCGUGAAUAUUUUCCAAGGGAUUUUGCUGGUCUGCCACGUCCUCUCAUGCCAAUGAGAGGUCCUUUUCCUCUGAGGCCUUUUUCCCAGUAUCCACCUCCAAGGGCUGGGUUUUUCCCCCCAUUGCCACCUGAUAACAGAAACGAACUGCCUGCUGAGUCAACCCAUCUCUCAACUGCAUCUUCUACAGAUCAACAAGAAUCACAAGAAACUUGAUUCUCACUUAAGAGUAACUUAUCCUUUUCCUCUCAAUUCAUGUAUUUGCUGUUAAGUAACUACAGUUACUUAAGCAAUUCUUUAUUAUUGCUCAAAUUGAAGCUUAAUAGAAUAAUUCUCAGGAGAGUACUCUGUAAAUAAUGUUUUAACUGUGAAUAAAUUGACUGUCAGUA